CACCUUCUUUUCUGCCGCGCGUUUGGGCCGCCGGAGCGAGGCCACGGGCAGAGCGAGGCGCGCGCCGGCCGAGGAGACCUGGAUUACUCGCGCCGCCGCGCCAGCAGCCACUUGCCGCCGCUGUUCGCUCGGGGGGUGGCUGGGAGGGGCUGCGGACCGGCGCGUCUCUCGCCCGCGGGCUAACGCCGCGCGGAGCCCCGUUGCAUGCGAUGGAUCACACGCUCUUCGGCUGCCUGCGCAGCCCCCACCAUGCCCCGGGGCAGGGCUUGCACCCGUUCUCGCAGUCGGCCCUGGCCCUGCACGGCCGCUCCGAUCACAUGUCCUACCCCGAGCUCUCGGCGUCGUCCUCCUCUUGCAUCAUAGCGGGAUACCCCAACGAGGAGGGCAUGUUCGGCAGCCAGCACCACCGGGGGCACCACCACCACCACCAUCACCACCACCACCACCAGCCGCCGCCGCCGCAACCCCACCAGUCCCUGCAGACAAACUGGCACCUCCCGCAGAUGGCCUCGCCACCGCCGCCCCCUCCGCCCUCGGCCUCGGCCAGGCACAGCCUGUGCCUCCAGCCCGACUCGGCGGGACCCCCGGAGCUCGGCACCAGCCCCCCCGGACUGUGCUCCAACUCCCCCAGCCUGGGCAGCAGCACCCCGACGGGGGCGGCGUGCGCGCCAGGAGAUUACGGCCGGCAGGCGCUGUCGCCUGCGGAGACCGAGAAGAGAGCGGGCAAGAGGAAAAGCGACAGCUCAGAUUCUCAAGAGGGGAAUUAUAAAUCAGAAGUAAACAGUAAACCGAGGAAGGAAAGAACAGCUUUCACCAAAGAGCAAAUCAGAGAGUUAGAAGCAGAAUUUGCCCACCACAACUACCUCACCAGGCUGCGAAGAUAUGAGAUAGCAGUAAACCUGGAUCUUACUGAGAGACAGGUAAAAGUUUGGUUCCAGAACCGACGGAUGAAAUGGAAGCGGGUAAAGGGGGGGCAGCAAGGGGCUGCAGCUCGGGAAAAGGAACUGGUGAACGUGAAAAAAGGCACACUGCUCCCUUCAGAGCUUUCUGGCAUUGGUGCAGCCAGCCUCCAGCACACAGGGGACUCUCUAGCAAAUGAUGACAGCCACGACAGCGAUCACAGCUCUGAGCAUGCACACUUAUGAUAAAGCAUGAAAGUCACAGCUCCAUUCUCAGGAAUAAUGCGCUAACACGGCAAGCCUUACAGAGACAUUGUUCCCAUAUGCAAGUGACUCCGGCAAUACAAAAAUGGAUCUAUGGUUUCUAUUUCCCUUGGAGUCUUUUUUAAAUGAGUUCAGUAAGUGCCAUGCCUUAAAGGUGCCUUGUGAGCAGAAGCAAAGAAAAAAGGAAAAGAACCUAAUUCUUUUUGAACAUUCCAGUGUUGUUUGUCAUUUCAGUGACAAUGGGCAGGUAUUUUUGCUUUAGCUUGCACUGAAAAUGCCAUUGUUCUCAAUAGAUUUAAUAUUCAGUGGGGGUGGGGGGUGGGGAUUAAAUACCACAGUGCCAACAGAAACACUGUCUAGUAGAUGAGAAAUAUAUUUUAACUCUGUAUAUAUCUAUUUUACAGCAUUUUUACUUUUCACUCACUUUUAGCAAUGCAAUCAUAUUAGCUGAUGGCAAUAGUCACUCAUGACAAUAAAUGGCUUUUUUUGUCUCUCUCUCUUUUUUGUUUUGUUGCCCCACCGAUAUAUAAUACAUGCAGACAAUUGAGUGUGGAGAGUGAAGAAUGCUAGGGAAAGUCCUUAUACAGACAAAACAGAUCUUAUGUUGCAUUUACUAUCAACUGCUGCUAAUGGGAAUUUAUUAAACCUUGCUCCUCAAAUCUUCUUAUUGUAUAACAGCAAAGUUCUAUCAUCCUUUCAUCUUUACAGUUUAUCACCAUGAACAUUUUACAUGAAUACAUCAUUUUGGCUCAUGGCAGCUGCUAGGCACAUGCCAUGUAUUCCAGGGUAGCUCUGAACAACUAUAACUGCCUGAAAGGAAUUGGGUUGUGGAGAGUAGCUUGUGUUAACAUACUGGACGCUUUUAUCUUCAGCACCAUCAUUUUGUAUUCAGGUCUUCUUAAUGUCUCAAGAAAGAUUUGACUGCCUCUGGUAAUAGUCGGACAAAUCAGUUAAACAUAGCUAUGUAUCAAAGCGCAAAAGUCAAGGCAUCCUUUCUUUUCCAGCUUGUGUGUACAUAAAGUCCAGUGUUAAAACCAAACUUUACAGAAAACACUGAUUGUACUUUGUAAAGGAA